AUGCCCGCUAAGGCGGCCAAGCGUGAGCAGAAGGGGGCUGCCUCGGCCCCCCCGCCCAUGAAAAGGGCAAAGGCGAAGGCUAAGCAGCCGGAGUCUGACCCUGCUGGUUCGGCAGGAGGUGCGCAGCCGGAGGCGCCGCCGGAGACCAACCAAGUCGUGGGCCCGACGCUGGACAUCAUCACCGAUGCUUUGAACGCCAUCAAGGGGUCGCCAUUCUUCGCCGACCUCGAGAAGAAAAUGCCGCUGACCAUCGCCCAGGGCGGUCGCCAGGCGCCGUUCGUGAAGGAGGAUUGUUCUGAUGCCCUCAGCCGCGGAUCCCCCUACUCAUGUGGGUGCAACCUCUUCUGGCAGAACUUCUUCUGGAGCUCCAGCUACCGCGCCCCUGUGAACAUGGGGCAGGUCAGGGAGAUCGUGAACUACCACCUUAAGAGCCCGCCAAAUGUCUUCCCCAUGAACACCGUCUUCGCGGUGGACAGCUCGGACAUGGACGUCACUAAGCACCUGGGCAGUUUGCAGCGCCUCUCACCAAUCGAGCCGCAGCUGGCCUUGCUCAUGGCCAUCGCUGACGCGGUAAAGCAGCAGGCGGAGGACUCCAUCCUGUCAAAGUGGAUGCAGGUCGUGCUUUCGGCGCCAGUGACGUUCGAGGUGGUGUUGCCAGGUGACCUGCGGUAUUGGCGCGCCCAGAACAUUCGGCAGGAGUGGAUCGAGCAUGGGGAGACAGCCCAACUCACCGUGAGGCAAUGGGUGUACGACAUCGUCGGGUUCAAGGCGGCGAAGGAAAAAGAGCUGGAGAAAACGUUGGGCGCCAAGGACGUCAGCGAGCUCUACGAGAAGAAGAUGAAGUAUGCGCGGUCUACUGAAAAAGUGAAACAAACCUUCGUGGAUAACGCAAUCACAGUCCACAAGCGGUUGCUGUCCCUGGAGGCGUCCAAUCGGUGCCUUGUCUGGGCGGACGAGAACCUGAUGAACAAGUCCCCGUGGAAUAGCCUCUACGCGAUGCACGCUGUGGUCGAGCGCGCGUCGACCCCCAACAAGAUCGAUUGGGCGAUGAUGGGCCUCACGGAUCAUUACCGCAUGGCGCCCCGGGGGGGUCAGAACCACCAGGACUUCAUCAACUUAGGCGAGUUCGGUGUCAGCAAGCUCAGGGACUACAGGCAGAGCUACGUUGAAAUCUUGAACAUGAAAUACGACGUGAAGAACGAGCUCUUGUUCAAGUGGCUUCCGCGCACUGGGGGGGUAGUCGAUACCACGUGGCAGGCUCUGAUUAGUGUUGGUGGCAAGCAGUCGGCUGUUUCGGCUGUCACGCUCAUCGAGGAGUUGGUGUACACAACCGAGUUCGACUCUCGCUACAGGAACGCCGUCCAGUCGAAGCUCGAGGUGGCGGAUUUUCUCGCCUACGAAUCGAUCUCCACGCGCGUGAACGAAGUCAUCGAGAUGGUGCGGAGGGAGAACAAUGGGGGGCAUGGUACUACUGACACGCCGGCCGCGGCUGGAAGUGGCACGGGCACCCCUGCAGCUGCCGGGGCCGACAACCCUGCGGGGCAGAUGACCGCAGUGGCGGGCGACAGGCCCGCGGAGUUGAAAAACUUCGACAAGCUGCCAGAGAUGGACAAAACGAGUUGGAACAAAUUCAUCGACAAGCUCAUUCGCACGUACGUUCAGAUCGUGCCCGACCAGAAAACGGCGGCCGAGCUGGAGACCAUGCUCCGGGACUCCGCGCUCGCCACCAUCAAGGGUGACCCCACGGGGCUGGUGCUGUACCACUUCGACGUGAAGCAGUUCGGCGAGCCGCUCACCAGGCCUGAGCUGCGCAUUGCGCCCCUCAGGGAUGGCCCGUACCACCGCCUCGUGCGGACGAUGCUGAACGCGAGGGCGCCUCAGGGGCAACUAGCCCAUCUCCGCAAUGGGGAGGUCGCAGUGAUUUUGGACGGCGGGCGGAGGGGCAACGCGACCAAGUUGCUCGGGCCGUGGAAGGAGAACACCAUCGAGACGAAGAAGGAUACACCGCCGAGCAAGGGGCGCGGCUGCGAUGAGCCCGACGAUGACGAUGAUAAGGAGGAUGACGACAACAGCGACGCUGAGAAGAAGGCCGGCUUCAAAGCUUCGAUCAUCCAGCUCGCGUACACGGAGGAGAGCCUCAAGAAGCGCCGCAACAGGGUUCACGGAGGCACGGGGAGCUUGCAGCAGGUAGAGUGGGUGCACAUGUUGGCGCACUCGCGCAUUUCGGUCCCUGAGCGGCGCCGCAAGCACUUCGAGGGCAGCACCGCGGGGGAUCUGAUCAACGGCAUCGAGCUCCCAGAGUUGAGCAAGGAAUGGCACGUGACGUGGAAAGACAAAAAGGCAAUAUACGGGAAGCGCAAUCUGAUUGCGGUGGGGGGCAAAACAGAGGGCAUUCAAGGCGAGGCCGAGCGGAAAACCGACUCUACCGUUGUCCCCAUUUCCUACCACGGCAUGCCGCUUCUCUUCUACAAAGAGCUGCUGCACAUGUUCUUUGUCAAAUGCGUCCUCGACAUGACCCCGCUCAACGCGAAAUUCGCGUGGGCUUGUCUCGAGGAGAGGGUCGCAUACGUCGGGGUGGCCUUCACGAAAGAACACAUGGAGAAAAUCUACCUCCACCUGGCGGAGCUCGUGAAGAGCGCGAUGGCGGAUCCUGGGUCCAAGCUGUUCAACAAGGAGUACGCGAAAGCUGUCGGCAAGGAGGUGGCGCCGACGCCGAAGGAGCUCUGGGACCCUUUGCAGGAGGAUUAG